AUGGUAAUCCUCCGCUGGGCCCGCCUUGUUGGCGACGUCGCCCGCGGUCUGGCCGCCGAUGCCGAGGUUCGCCUGAUUCAGUCGCGCGUCGGACGAUUCUUCCGACUCGAAGGCUCGGGUCAUCCCAACGAGAUCGCCAACAGCACCUUCAUCAAGGAGUUUCGUGCCGGUCUAACCACCUUUGCUACUAUGGCCUACAUUCUCGCUGUCAAUUCUCAGGUUCUCGCCGAGACUGGCGGAAACUGUCCCUGUGAUGACAAGAUUACUUUCUGCAAGGACAAUGACGUCUACAAUCAGUGCAAGAUUGAUUUCAAGCGCGAUCUUGUCACUGCAACCGCUCUUCUCUCUGGUUCCGCCAGCAUCGCCUUUGGUCUGUUCACUAACCUGCCCGUCGCCUUGGCCCCCGGUAUGGGUGUCAACGCAUACUUUGCCUACCAGGUCGUUGGAUUCAAUGGAAGUGGCAUGGUCUCGUACCCUCUGGCUCUCACUGCCGUCUUUGUCGAAGGCUUGAUCUUCAUGGGCCUAGCUCUCACCGGAAUGCGACAGUGGCUGGUCAGGGCUAUUCCCUCCACCAUCAAGACGGCUUCGGGCGUUGGUAUCGGUCUCUUCCUCACCAUGGUCGGCCUCAGCUAUUCCGUUGGUAUCGGCGCCAUCACGGGUGGAGUCAACACGCCUCUCGCCAUCGGCGGCUGCCGCAUCGAGGACUUGGAUUCGACGACACACAUGUGUACAAGAGGUGUCAUGACGAACCCUGCUAUGUGGAUUGGUAUUCUACUUGGCGGCAUCCUCGUUGCGGUUAUGAUGGCUUUCAGAAUGAGAAGCGCAAUCGUCAUUGGCAUCGCUCUGGUCACCGUCAUUUCUUGGCCGCGCGACACCAGUUUCACUUACUUUCCCUACACCGACGAGGGAAAUGAGCGAUUCGAGUUCUUCAAGCAGGUGGCUACCUUUCGUCCGAUCGGCAGCCUGACGUUUCUCCAUGAUUGGGAUCUUAGUGGCAACGCUGGAACCCACUUUGUCCUCGCUCUGUUCACCUUCCUGUACGUCGAUAUUAUCGAUUGUACCGCCACUCUGGCCUCGAUGGCCAAGUUCUCGAACGUCGUCGAUGAUCAUGGCAAUUUCCCUCGCUCAACUGUUGCGUACUGCACAGACGCCGCCUUUAUCUCGAUCGGUUCGUUCCUCGGCUGCUCUCCUGUGACCGCUUUUAUUGAGAGCGCUUCGGGAAUCAUGCAAGGUGGCCGCACUGGACUGACUGCAAUCACCACCGGUAUCUGUUUCUUGUUGGCAGUCUUCUUUGCCCCCAUCUUUGCCUCCAUCCCGCCCUGGGCCACUGGUUGCACACUCAUUCUUGUCGGUUGCAUGAUGAUUCGUCAGGUCGUCAAGAUCAAUUGGGCGUAUAUCGGUGACUCUCUUCCGUCAUUUGUCACUCUUGCAUUCAUGCCAAUGAGUUACAGCGUCGCCUAUGGCCUGAUCGCUGGCAUGCUCAACUACGUCGUCCUCAAUACCACAAUCUGGAUCAUUGUUCACGCCUCAGGCCAUCGAUGGGUGCCAGAGAACUACCACCUCAAGGAGGCCUACCACUGGCAGUUGAACGAGCGAAACCUGCCGACCUGGAUGCGCACGCUCCUAGCCAAGAUACAGCGCCGUCGCCCAGAGGAGGACAGUGUCCAUAAGGAGGGCAUUGAUCUGGGCGCUCGCGGCACCAGUCAGGAGAGCUCUCAGGGUAUUCGUGGCAGUUCGCAGUUUGGCGGCUCGACUCGAGACAUUCACAUGGCCAACCUGCAGGCUCAGAUCCGCCGCUUCGUCUGA